AUGUAAAAAAAACAACAAUCUCAACCUUUUUUGUCAAACCAAUAAGAAGUGCCGUUUUAUUGUAGAGUUGUUCGAAAACAUUUUUUUAGGGAUCGCGUAUAUUAGUUAAAAUACUACAAUAACCAAAUCACCAUGACUUAUGUAAUCGAUAUUAACAUACUUUAGCAUCUGAAUAUGGAUGCUCCAAAAUAUUUAAUGAAAAUCGAGGAAUUCACCACUUUUGAAUGGCUGAUCAAAUAACAGAGGUUGUUUGGUUUCAAAUUUCCAUAUCAAGGGAAAUUAAAGGAGUUUCACGCUGAUCAGACCGACCUGAUGUAGCUCAGAUAGAGAUUGAGUAACAGGAUGGUUUUCCUCAAUCUAAGUUACAACUAUAAAUAUCUUACUACUCUGGAAUCAGGUUCGUUUGGUUAGGUGACUUCCAACGAAUGUUUCUUCAAUAAUAAGAAAGUGGCCAUUAAACAUAUAUUACUAAAUGGCAAGAAAGACCAUUAAAAACAAAUAGAGAAUGAAAUACAGAUUUUGAGAUCAAUUAAACACCCAAAAUUGGUCGAGAUCUACGAGGUCUUUAAAACUGAACUGUAUUACUAAAUUGUGACUGAAUUUAUAGAAGGUCUUAAUUUAAAACAGCUGAUGUCCAAUAAAUUAAACCAAUUUAAAAAUGAGGAAAUUUUAGAAAUCAUGCAAUAAUUAUUUGAAGCUUUGACUUUUCUUCAUCGAAACUAGAUACUUCACAGAGAUAUCAAACCAGCUAACAUUAUGUACCAUAAUGGCAAGCUCAAAUUGAUCGAUUUUGGGCUUGCUUGUUAUGAUGGAAAAUAAUUACUUGAAAAUCCUAAUUGUGGCACCGAAGGCUAUGUGGCUCCUGAAGUCUUAAAUGUUCAUUAAACCAAAUUAAACUAUGAUUUCAAAGUCGAUGUCUACGGGGCUGGCUGCGUCUUGUACAUGCUGUUAACUGGAACCAAAUUAAAUUAAUCGAAUCUCAGUUUUCAAAAAAAUAAAACCUAUCAAAAUAGCGAAAAUAGCUAAUUGUUUGAAUUAGUUAAAAUAAUGACCAAACCUAAUCCUUUUGAUCGGCCUUCAAGUUUUUAAAUCCUGGAAUUGAUACGGUUAAUUAAAGAGAAUUGUGCCUACGAUAUCAGCUUAUGGUACAGCAGUGCUUUUAAUCUUUCUAACUCAAAUAACUCUUACUAGACGGCAUCUACUGCCAGAUAUGUUCAUACUUCAAAGAAUCAAAAAAGUGUUUGUAGUUUCAAUAGUGCCAGAGGAAUUGGCUAGACCCUCUCUAAAUAAAUUUUAAAAUGA